AGCCUAGAAACUAACUCAACAACCAACCCUUCUCUCUCUCUCUCUUUCUGUCUUUCUCCUCCCCUCCUCCCGCUCUCUCCCCCUCAUGUCAACCACCCAUUGCUGGUUAUGAAAGUCCAGUAAUGGGGGAAUCAAAACCUAGCACCAGUUCUCCAACAGCGUCAUCGAAACCUCCUCCACCGCCACUGCCAGCCCAGCCAUUGUCUCUUGUCCAACCUUCCAACAAAAAGAAAACCAAACCUAUCAAAGUAUUCCGCGUUUUUCGUUCCGUUUUCAGAUCAUUUCCCAUCAUAACACCGGCCUGCAAGCUUCCCUCGCUCCCCGGAGGCGUGAUACCAGAAAACCACCGCAGCGGCUCAGGAAACCGCAUCACCGGAACAUUAUUCGGGUACCGUAAAGGGAGGGUCAGCCUUUCCAUACAGGAAAACCCUAGGACCCUCCCUACAAUGGUGGUUGAGCUGGCCAUGCAGACUAACGUGUUGCAGAGGGAAAUGAGUUUGGGAAUGGUGAGAAUCGCAUUGGAAUGCGAAAAGAGAACGGACAAGGACAAGAUCAAGUUGUUAGAGGAGCCGCUGUGGACGAUGUUUUGCAACGGUAAAAAAACCGGUUAUGGCAUGAGGAGAGAGGCGUCGGAGGAAGAUUUGCAGAUCAUGGAGCUCCUCAAGGCUACGUCGAUGGGUGCCGGAGUUUUGCCGGGAAAGUCUGACGUGGAGGGACCGGAUAGCGAGUUGGCCUACAUGAGGGCUCAUUUUGAUCGGGUGGUUGGGUCCAAGGACUCGGAAACACUUUACAUGGUGAGCCCUAAUGGGAACAAUGGACCUGAACUGAGCAUUUUCUUUGUAAGGAUAUGAUUUCUUAUCGAUCGGUUGGAGGGGAAUAAAGGGGAGGAAACAAUAUAUCAGGCUGAGACUCGAAUUCGGACACCACACUUGAGAAUGAAGCAUUUCUUGUUUUGGGUCCUUAUGUAUAGUAGGUAAUUUAUUUUCAAAAUUUCACAGGAUGAGUAGUGUUUACAGGAAAAUAUAUAGGCAGUUGUUGUAGGUGCACAUAAUUCGAUUGCAGAAUUAGAUACAACUCUCUUCUGUUCAAUUCUGUGAUUGAAUCCUAUCUGCUUAGAAUUUUUAUAUAUAGGCGAGGAAAGUGGAAUGGGAAGGGGAUUAAAGGAUUAGGACACCAAAUAAGGUAUACAAAAAGGGGAGCAUGGCAUUGAUUGUUGUCUAUUCGUUCAGUUAUAUCUACAUUUGCUUGUUGCAAAUGUAAACAAAUUCAUUCCUUUC